ACAGGGAGGACAGAUGUGUGAGCGAGUGUCUCGGCUGUACUCCUCACUUGCGCCGAGCGAAGGCGGAUCAGCUGCGAGAGCGCGACCCUCAGCGCAUGGACUCCGGUGUGGCCAGGUAGUUUAGAAGUAAGUCCUCAUUCGUGAAGUGGCUGCCUCACUCGGAGGUGCCAGAGGCCAUCUGGUCUCUGAUCUGGUCUCUGGACUCACCGGAGACUCGGCGCGCUCCAUCGGGGCGAGACUGUGCGCGUCUCGGAUCCAACCCGAGCCGCGCGGCGCUCCGGACAUGGAGCUGAUGGGGGGCGAGGUGAUGGAGAAGCUGGAGGACAUGUCGUCGGUGUACGACUUCGACCCGAUCACCGGCAACAUCCCCGCCACCAAAGUGGAGAUCACGGUCUCCUGCCGGAAUCUCCUGGACAAAGACACCUUCUCCAAGUCAGACCCAUUGUGUGUUCUGUACACACAAGGCGUGGAGACCAAGCAGUGGAGAGAGUUUGGCAGAACCGAGGUCAUUGACAACACACUGAACCCAGACUUUGUCAGGAAGUACAUCUUGGACUACUUUUUUGAAGAAAAGCAAAACCUUCGCUUUGACUUAUAUGAUGUUGACUCCAAGAGUCCAGAUCUUUCCAAACAUCCUGCAGAACUCCAUGACUUCUUGGGUCAGAUGGUCUGCACUCUCGGGGAGAUUGUUGGGUCACCCGCCAGCAGACUAGAGAAACCUCUGGGUGGCAUCCCAGGGAAGAAAUGUGGGACCAUCAUUCUGACUGCGGAGGAGCUGAGCAAUUGUCGGGACAGCGCAACAAUGCAGUUCUGCGCCAACAAACUGGACAAGAAGGAUUUCUUUGGCAAGUCGGACCCUUUCAUGGUUUUCUACAGGAGCAAUGAGGACGGAACGUUUACAAUCUGCCAUAAAACAGAGGUGGUGAAGAACACAUUGAACCCAGUGUGGCAGUCUUUCACCAUCCCCGUACGAGCACUCUGCAACGGCGACUACGACAGAACAAUCAAAGUGGAGGUGUAUGACUGGGACAGAGACGGCAGCCAUGACUUUAUUGGAGACUUUACAACAAGCUACAGAGAACUUGCUCGAGGGCAAAGUCAGUUCAAUGUGUACGAGGUGAUCAAUACAAAGAAGAAAAUGAAGAAAAAGAAAUAUGUCAACUCUGGAACGGUGACCCUGCUCUCCUUCUCUGUGGAGUCCGAGUUCACGUUCUUAGAUUACAUCAAGGGAGGGACACAGAUCAAUUUUACAGUGGCCAUCGAUUUCACAGCAUCUAAUGGGAAUCCUUCCCAGUCCACAUCGCUCCAUUACAUGAACCCAUACCAGCUCAACGCUUACGCCAUGGCGCUGAAGGCAGUGGGGGAGAUCAUCCAAGACUACGACAGUGACAAGAUGUUUCCAGCGUUGGGAUUUGGAGCCAAGCUGCCGCCAGACGGACGCGUGUCUCACGAGUUUCCACUGAACGGAAACAUGGAGAAUCCAUACUGCAACGGCAUAGAGGGUAUUUUAGAGGCCUAUCACCAGAGCCUGAAGACGGUCCAGCUGUAUGGUCCGACCAACUUCGCUCCUGUGGUGAACCAUGUUGCCAGGUAUGCCGCCGCAGUGCAGGACGGAUCCCAGUACUUUGUGCUGCUCAUCAUCACUGACGGGGUCAUUUCCGACAUGGCGCAGACCAAAGAAGCCAUUGUGAACGGUGCCAAGCUUCCAAUGUCCAUCAUCAUCGUUGGGGUGGGUCAAGCCGAGUUUGACGCCAUGGUGGAGCUGGACGGCGAUGACAUCAGGAUUUCGUCUCGAGGGAAACUGGCCGAGAGAGACAUCGUCCAGUUUGUUCCUUUCCGAGACUACAUGGACCGGACUGGUAACCACGUGCUGAGCAUGGCUCGCCUGGCCAAAGACGUGCUCGCGGAAAUCCCAGACCAGUUCAUUUCUUACAUGAAGACCAGAGGAAUCAAACCCAACCCGGCGCCUCCGCCCUACACGCCCCCGGGACACAUGCACCACCACACUCAGAUCUGAUCCGCAGCUUUUCUCGCCAGACUGGCAGCAUGCGCUCCUCUCAGAACUCCUGUUUUUUGGAGCUACAAUGAGAGAUGACCUGAGGAAGCUUGUGUCCGGAGCCUCUUUUGCUUUUGUAUCAGGGUUUUUCUCCAAUAUUCACCGCAAAUAUUACGUCAAGGCUGCAGAUUUCCCAGAAUAGUUGCUAAAGACCUUCUCAUGAAACCCAGGCAUCGACUGUUCCCCGUCUAAUUCGACAACAGCUUGAUUCAGAGGUCACGUUCUGGUCCAGACUUGUGCCUGUUUGGCGGCUCUUUCUAUAUUUGUGAGUCAUGCCUUGUUGUCACUCAUCAGUGUGGCCUAAUACUGACCCUAACCCUGGAGUUAGCUUUUCUAAUGUCUGAAGUGUUCUGGAUCCCACUGAACACUGGCCUAUCGUUUACAACUACUAUGAAUCAGGUGUCUCAUACUUCUCUCCUCAUGAUUUAAAGCAUGCAAGUCCAGUCCAGUAUUCUGAGUCUGGUGUUACUCUCGCAAAGCAUGACCACGUAUGUUAAAACUGUUUACAAAGUCACUUUCUUUUUACUUUAGGAUGCUUAAAAUCCACGCGGCCAAAAGCACAAGAACACUGAAGACUUAUGGUUCUGUUUACAUUUGGGCCAUCGAGUUCUGGAUAACUGAAUCUUGGUUUAACAUGACAAAGAUCUUUCAUUGCUGCCAAAUUUCAUUUAAAUUUUUGAUGCUUUCUACUCUUUCUAAAGCUUCAAUUGUUGCAGUGCAUUAGGGAACUUGUAAUGUUGGGAGUCCUUCGCAUCCAUUAGAACAUAAAAUAGAGGUUUUUAACUAUAACACUGUUGUGAGUGUUGCCAAACACAGAUGUCGUUGCAGUGUUUUUUAUGAGUUAUUUUUCCUGUCAUCGUACCCUCGGCAGUGUCAUCAUGGCAGUAUCGAUUUGUAUUCUUUGUGAGAGCGAAGACGUGACAGGCGAACCAUCUACCAUCUGAAUAACCCAAAGGUGUGUUUUGUGAUCUUUAUUUGGGACCGGCUCGCCAGGGUCACAAUCUUUGGAGCCCAAUUUACAAGGUUGUUUAUAUCUUACUGCUGGGAUUAUUGGAUCGAAAACAAGUUUUGUUUUGGGGAUAGAAUUUAGCUCUAAAUACUUUUUCAUGGUGGAAAAGUUUCGCCUGGAUUGCCGAUUGGUAGACAAAUAUAGACUGACGUAUUGAUAGAUGUAAGGGACUGAUGGAUAUACAUCACGGUAGAAAGCCAAAGACAAUGACAAAUACAUGGAAGGACGGAUUGAUAUAUAGAUGGAUGGAUGGAAUAAAGGAUUGAUCAAUGGAUAGAUUCAUGGA